AUGGACGAAGUCGAGAACCCAGCUCUUCCCGCAGCGGGCGAGACGAGUCCCACCAUACGGCCGAUCGAUCCAGAUGAGGUCGCUCGAAUCGAGGUGCAAGAGGUCGUGGAGCCCGGGAUCGACACCGCGGAAGCAGAGGCUCUCGUGAACAGCGCGCAGGAUGAAGAUGCGAAGCCAACUCUGCCUGCCUCGAGGGCGCCUCCAAACCGGCCACCGUUGAAGCGAGACAAUUCCAAUCCUUCCCCCUCGCAGCCACCGCCAGCACCCCCUGCCCAACCAGCAGAGACGAACGAGUUCCCACAAGAUCCUCCAGACAGUCUUACUCUCGCCGAUCUGAAAAGAAUACGAAACUCGUUCCCCAAUGCACAAGCGCCGGGGAAGCAACAGUUAUUGGGCAAUGAAAAGGUCUACGAUUUCGAAUAUCAGGAUGCUCAGUCCUUUCCAGUAGAGCUGGAAGAGUGGUUCAGCUAUAGCGAAGAGGAGGAGUCCAAGCUACGACGGUGUAAGGCUGUUUUCAACGAUGAGUGGAGAUCGACCGAAGAGGGGAAAUUCGACUGGCUGGAUGUCACAGAGGACGCUCGAAGAGCGUUUGUGAAGAAGUGGAUUGGUGUCCUAAAGGUUAAGCCGACGGAGCAAGAAGUCACGAAAGCGCUUACAAUCCUCACGUACGUUGGGCUGGGCAUUUGGGAGCAGACAGCCGGACGCCGCGAAGGUUGCGCACUGGAAGAUCUGUUUCCAGACUGCAAGCUGGGCGGCUCCAGACUUGAGGAAUAUGGGUCCUCCAGCUUGCAAGUGCAGUGGAUGGUGGCAAUGGUCGAUACGCUACAUGCAUGCGAUGGACUAGGGACGAUCUACGACACCCUAAGACGUGUUUUUGAUAAUGACUUUGCCAAUUCGGCACCAGAGCUGCCUUCUCGAAAUGAGUCGCAGAUUCGUAGAGGAGAUGAGAGCAUGGAACUCUGGUGCUGUCUGACACUCAUGUACCUUUUCGUUGAGGUCGCCCGCUCCACAGCCAAUGGGCAGACUCUGAAAGGAGAUAUCCUCGCUCUGGAGCCCAAGUUUCUCAACUAUCUUACGCAAAUCGUUGCAAAACUCCGCUGGGACGAGUCCGCCCCGAUCCCGCUGACAAAGAUGUUAUUGCUUGCGUGGAAGACAAUCCUUGUUUCAUUCGGCGGCAUCAACGACAUCGAAAAUGUCAAGGCAGCCUUGCAAGAGAAACAGGACGUCGAAAUGGAUGCUCGCGGAGAGCCUAUUAUCACGGCGUCGCCUCUGGACUACCACCUGUUCCGACAAGAGAUCAGCUCCAAGUAUCCCGCGUACCAGCCGCCUCCGCCGUUGUUCCCUCUGGAGCCGGAGAACAACAGCAUUCUUCCACCACUGAAGCACAGGCGCCCAAGCUAUGCCGCGCCAGACCCAGUCUUUGCGGGAGCCCCUACAGUGGGAACAGGCUCGAUCAUGCACCAGCCGGUCCACAUUGCCACACCUGCGCCCUCUCCACCACCCUCGCCUGCUGGUCCUGGUAAGGCCGGGAAGAAACAAAACUAUCAAACCAAUCAGAUGUUUCCGUUCCUCUAUCCACCACUGGACGCGAGCAGCAACGACUUGGGAGGGAAAGGGAGCACUGAGCUGCAAGACGCGCUCGUGGGUAGGAAGUGGGAAGGGUCGGACGUCCCUACCAGUAUACUCGAGGCGACUGAACUUUUCGCCAAACGCAUGCGCGCUACGAGGGCCAUGACACAACUCUGGGAAGCACGCGUCGACUUCAUGAAACAGGAGCGAGGGUGGAAGAAUCCGGACGAUGAUGAUCAGAACCCGGAUGUAGCCGACUUCGAGCUUCUACCGCAGUCUGCCCCCAAGGAGAGCGCAGAGCAGGGCAAACCGAUCGCUCAGACAGAUGAAGAGCGGAGAGUGUCCAAGGUCAAGCAGUAUUACCGAGAAUCCCUGCCUCAUUUGCAGAGCGUCGUCAUCGUUCUCUUGAAGGCUGUGUUGCAGAAUGUUACGGACCUAGUAACCAAAGGCAAUGGACAAAACGGUCUUCAGGCUGGCAUACAAUUCAAUGAAGCCAACGGGGUAAAUGGAACCAAACCCAUGGAGAAUGGUGUGCACUCAAAUGGAGAUGGCAUUGAAAAUACUGCGGAGGAGCUUGACAGGCUACGCUCGCAGGAGAUUUCCGCUAAGGCCUUGAGCGCAAUGUUGAUCCUCCUACUAAAGUGGUUCAAGAUUUCGCACAUCUUGCAAUACGAGUACAUGACGCAACUGUUACUGGACUCGAACUACGUUCCUCUGAUUCUUAAGCUGUGGCAGACUCAAGAAAUCGGACGAGGCGUUCAUUACAGACUUGAUCGAGAGGAGAAGAACUUUUUCUACUUUUGCCAAACCAAUUCGCGGAAUGGCUUGCCGAAAUCAGACGAUGGCGAGGCAAACGCAUCCCAGUCGGAGGAUGAGGCUGCACCGCCUCCAAUCAGGAGGCAUAGAGAUGAACCCACCGAGCGUACACUUUCGCCAGGCCUGGAUUCUUCGGACUUUACUCAUCCGCCUGAGGUCGACGAGCUUGGAUAUCCUCAAACUCAACUUCCCCCAACUCCGCUGAAGAACUAUUCCUAUCGAAACCUCUUCAGCGCAAUCAACUACCUCCGUGUCCUACAGAAAGUCACGCACCGUAAAACCCACCGAGCACUCCUCCUCGUCAGCUACAAAUCCUCUAACCAUCUUAAGAAGACACUCAAGAUCCCAGUUCAAAUGCUUCGCUACUACACACUCAAACUUUUCAAGUCCCAAGUACCCUUCUGCGGUCGCAAAUGGCGACAGGGAAACAUGAAAAUCAUCACAGCGGUGUGGCUCUCGGUGCCGGCCGAGCUGCGAGAUGACUGGCUCUCGGGUGGAGGUGGAGGGAUGGGAGGUGCUUGUGUGGGAGACGUAGAUGGAACCGUCGAGGAUGCGUUGCCUCUGGAACAGAGCUUGAGGGCUUUGACUCAUUGGUGGAAUGUCAGGAACUAUCCGGACGUCAUGGGUGUUGACAAGGCCAUCAUGGAGGACGAGAUGGAUUAUUUCACCAGAGAGCUGGAGAAGAUGGAAUUUGUGAGGGAGGAGAUGGAAAUGGUAGAGGGCGAGAAUUUGGGGGAUGAGUGGCAGGGGCCAAUUGAAGGUUAUUAG